UCUCGAGCUAAGCGGACGUCGCCACGCAGUCGCUCUGUGCAACGGUGCGUGAGAAUGUAUGUGUGUGUGUCUUAAGAUAGCUAGAGAAAGAGAGAGCGAGCGGGAGAGAACGACUGUGAAUGCGUGCCGGUUUAAGAUUUGUAUAUUUCUACCUGUGCCCGCAGAAAUUGUAUAUCUUAUUGAUAUGAUCCCCGAUUCGACUGAUAUUAAAGGCAUACAAGCACAUAAGCUACAAAAGUAUCUAGCAGAUACCACUCGCCGCCUGAACGAAGGCAUGCUAAGCAGCAGCGAAAGACGCGACAUUAACCUCUAAGCAACGAACUCAAGCAAAACAAAACAAACAAAAAAAAUCGAAUUGAAGUUUUAAGAUAAAAGAAAAAAUUUCUGUGUGCCAAGCAGAAGAUAACAAAAUUGGCAAAAUAAAUAUUAAAAACUUUGCCAAAAAUAUUAUUAACCCCACGAGGCGAGGCUAUAAAGCGCCCAACGAAUACCACAGCGAAUACACGAGCUGCCGCAGCCACAAGAUACAAAAAAGUAUCUCAAUAACAAAAGGCUCUUGCGCGCUGAAUUGUAUGCGCUGAGAUGCAAGGUCGUUGGUGGAGCAGGAGCGCAGUCACAGCCAAUGCCACUCGAUGCCACACAACAACAACAACAACAAGAAAUAGACCCUCACCAACAACAGCAAACAAUGCUAGAACAACAACAACAGCUUGAACACAACAACCACAAAAAUCUACACAACGACUCGAGUCGCCACUGUGCCCGCUGCACCAUCGAACUGGGCCGCAUCACCAACCGCGGCGCUCCCUGUCGCGUCUGCAAGCUGCGCGUGUGCAAAGCCUGUCGAGUCCAUCACGCAUUGGACUGGGUGUGCGUUGUGUGCCACAAGCAACUGGAGUUACAAGCUGCCAGCGGUGAGUGGCUGAAGGAAGCCUACGCGUCCUGCGAGGCUGUCGAUCAUCUCAGCACCAGCGACGUGCUACGGAAAAGCAUACGUCGUUCUUGGACCAUCUCAAAUCCCGAGGACGAUCCGAAUAAUCCGAAUGCCCAGCAGCCUGUCACCGACAAUUUAUAUCCACAGCAACAGCAUUUAAUUGAGGCCAAAUCGGCGGGCAGCUAUCCCACAUUGCAUCAGCACACGCUGCAUCAGCAGAUGCAGCAACAGCAUCAGCAGCAACUGCCACUGCAGCAGCAACAACAUCAGCAUCAGGCGCCCCCGCAGCCACGCCAGGCACACAUCAUCAAUUAUAAUAGCGGCAGUGCCACGCCCAUCACUGGCAGCAAGUGGCAGUUGGGGCGUCGAGUCUUACGUCAAUCCACACUACCCAGCACAUUGAAUAACGAUCCGAAUCUAAGCGGCAGCGGUGCCAAUUUGGCUAAUUACAACUCGGCCAAUUUGACCGCGCCCACCUCGCCACAUCAGCUGCAGAAAAGUCCGCUCUAUCCGAGCGCCUACAACAGCGACGACAUCAUCCACAUGAACAUCGCACCCGACUGCGAUAAUUACAGUCAGAUCCAGAUACAGCAGCAGCAGCCGCAACUGGAGGUUGCUGCGAGUCCACCCACGCACAGCCACCGACUGCAGGUGCGCCGUCAGUCGACGCUGCCAGCGAAUCCAUGCCAGCCGCCGCCCAGCAUAUACAUGUCCACCUCACCGAAUCGAGUCUACAGCCGAUCGCCGGAACGCUCGCCAGGCGAGCAGCGUUAUCCGCCCUUCACACGGCAGACAUCAUUCCCGGAGCCGCCAAGCAGCAAUUAUCAUCGCACCAAGCUGCUGCCCAACACGGCCAAUCUGGCAGCUCCGACCAACCAGUCCUCAUCGGUCGUCACAGCGGCAGCUGCGCCACCACUGAACUACGAGUCGCAGGCAUCUAGCAUGGCCAGCGAUGAGAUGGACUACAGCCAGACAUUUGGUAAGCCGCGCAUGAUGCGCCAGGCCACAUUGCCCAAUCCCGAUCAGCAUGUCAAGCUGCUGCCCACAUCGCCACCCAAGCGCCAGACGUCGCCGCAGUUCCGACGUUCGCCGGAAUUCACGCGGCAACAGACGCUGCCAAAUCCGGAAGCGUUCAACAGCGGCAACACGCUCACAGUGCACCAGACGCCACCGGCUAAAUUUAUGCCCAUCUCGCCGAGAGCCAAACAGAACUUUCUGUUUCCCAGCGUGCAGAAUCCUCGCCAGUUUCUCUCACAGCAGAACGUGCCCACUGUGGGCGGGGUUGACCUCGGCAGCGGCGGCAGCGUGGCUAGCGCCGCGGGCGAGCAGUACUCGAGCAGCCAGAGCGUCAAUAUACACCAUUCACGUGAUCCGCACUCCAAGAUGAUCAAGGUGCGCAGCCACAGCAACGAGGAGUACUCGAACAGCACCAAGUCCCAUGUGGAGAGUCGUCGCUUGCUGCCGGAAAUACCCACGACGCAACGCUCACAGAGUCGCUCGCCCAGUCGUCUGGUGCGGCAAGACUGCCUUAAGGAGCAGGAUCACGGCUCACGCACCUUUGGCGAAGCUAAGCAACAGUUCUGUCAGUUUCCCGAUGUCAGCGAGGAACUGGAAACCCGGCCGGAGUACGUGGACUAUUUUGGCAACAGCACCACCAGCUUCCUGGAGUCCGAUGAGGUGCAGUACGAGAAGAACUACAAUGCAGGCUUCAGCAGCGAGCCGCGCAUCAUCUACAACGAUGGAACCGAUGAUGCCGCCUACAAGCCAACGCUACCGCGGCCUAUAUACGGUUCCGAGAAUGUGGUCACCGGCGGAGAUGGUGGUUACGGUGCUGGAGCUCCCAUGCCCGGCUUUUAUGCCGACAUUCAUGCGACGCACAGCGGUGCAGUGCUGCCACGCACUCCACUCAUGCACAAUCGCAUGCGACGGCGACAGUCGAGGGAGUUGCCACAGCCCCAGGAGGAAUACGCAGCGGGACUAUCCGAAGGAACGGCAGCUGCAGCAGCUGUUUCUGCAGCCCCAACUAUCACGAGUGCCGCAGUGGGUGCCCUAGUGUCCGCAACGGAGACCAAUACAGAUCGUCGAAAGCCAGAGCAGAUGCGUUCCGUGUCAGAGGAUUCAGGCGCCAAAACGGCGCCCAAGCCCGUUACGCGGCGCUCCUUUUCUCAUCCCGAAAAGGACUCAACGCCACCAAAGAAAACGGAAGCCUCAAAAAUACCGAGUCCGCGACCCCUGGCCGAUAUACUGGACAAGACGCGCGGUGGCGCCACAAAGAUACCGCAGGCCCGUCGUCGCAACAGCCGCGGCGAGGAGGGUAGAGUACCACAGCAUCACUACUCCUUCCAUGAACUGCUUAAGCACCAGAACUCUGACUUAUCCAAUCGCAUGAAAAAAACGACAAUUCCCGUUAACACAGUCCCAGCCAAGGAGGAUGAACUGGCCGUAGCCAAGGCGACUGAGACAGACCCCAGCGCUGCCAACAAUGAGGCCAAUGACACAGCAGGUGCCGCAGCACACACCAGCACCUUGGGUGAGCAGGAGCUUCAGAAUGCAGUGGAAGCAGCAGCCGUUGUCUUUAAGAAGGUUGUGCUGCAGCGGCGCAAGGAGAAGGAAAAGGAGAAGGCCGCCGAAGAAGGCUCGCAGCUGGCAGCUGGCGCUUCCGGUGACAGCAACGGCGAUGCCAUGGAAACCUCGUCGUCGUCGGAGUUGGAGUUCAGGUGCAGCACCGCGGGUACGUCGGCUCAGUCGCAGUACAGUGUCGAAGCGGAUGAGUUCAAGCUUGUAUUUCUAAACUCGGACUCGUCAUCGUCAUGCAAGGAGGAGGAAGAGGAGGAGGAGGACGACAACGAUACGGAUACAGCAUCGAGUUCCUCCUGCACAUCCACACACCAAUGUCACAGCAUUGUGAGCAAUGUGGAGGACUGCGACUGGGAUUACUUUGAACCAUCGAUGAUUGCAGCCACCACAACAACAACGACCACAAUGAUUGCUUACGCCGGCUCUAUGACGUCUACAACGCCUACGCCACCGCCUCGUCUACGCCGUCGCUCCAGCGACAGCGAUUCACCCCUGCUGCAGCGUAGGCAGCAGCUGCUACGUAGCUACUGCUCCAAGAUACGCGAGAGCGACACUGGCACCGACGAGGAGUUGCACAUGCAGGCCGAGAGCAGCUCCCAGACCAGCUCCGAUCAGAAUCACACCCCACCGACACCUUCACUGCCGCUCAGCAUGAAGGCGCGCAUCAAGACGCGCUUCCUCAAGAGCCACCACCACUACCAGCACCACCACCACAGCCACGCGCCCAGCAGAUGUAGCGGCUGCAGUGGAGCCACAGCCGCCCAACAGCCCCAAUAUGUGCCCAUACCCGUGCCGGUGCCCAUACCCGUGCCAAUGGCCGCCUAUCAUAACUGGCAGCUGGAGCAUUCGGGUGCACCGCUGCUGGAGCAGGACGAGCACUUGGCUGCCUCACUGCAGCAGCUGUGGCAGGCGGCAGCAGCCGCCUCCUCCACACCAAACUCGCCGCAACAACAACAGCAGCAGCAGCAACAACAACAGCAACAGCAGGCAGCAGCCGCAGCUGCCGCUGCAGCGGCCAUGGUCGCUUACUCGCAGCAAUUCGCCGCGGCGAGCAACAUGUUUGAUGCAACACCGCCGGCAACAACCAAGAGCUAUCAGCAAUUGCCAACAACAACACGUCAAUUGGGUGGUGGCUUCAAGUCCUCGGCGCCGGAGCUGAGCGCCUCGCUGGGCUCGCUGAUGACGCAGUCGCUCUGCUCCACUGCGUCCACGUCUUCAUCAACAACGUCCGGCUACGGCACAGCAGGUCGUAGCCUGGAAACAUUAGCCGGCUGUCUGUGUCUGGCACAACAACAACAUCACCAGCAGCAGAAACAGCAACAACAGCAACAGCAACAGCAACAGCAACAGCAACAACAACAACAACAGCCACUGGCCAGCCAAAUGGAUUUCAAGCCAGCUCCAACAAGUUUAGGUUUAGUAUUGCCGCGCACGCCGUCGAGUGAACAACAACAAACGCGACGCUCGCUCUGUGCCGAUGCUGAUGUCGAUGCCGAUGUUGACGUCGCCGCAACGCCCACAACAGCACUGAGAUUGUGUAAUGCGAAUGAUAAAAGAAGCAACGAUUUCGACUGCGAAUGCGACGCCAGCAACAGCGUUAAAUUUAGCGCACAUGUUGAUGUUGAUAAAAGCGAGGCAAUGCCAGCAGCAACAUUGACAGUCGAGCUGCCAAAUAAAUGCCAAAAUCUAUGCGAAACUGUGCAAAAUAACAGACCAGCGACAGCAGCAGCAGCAACAACAGCAACAACAGCAACAACAGCAGCACAAGCACCAGACACACAAACGCAAACACUAACAGAAAACACAGAAACAGAAAGACAAACCUACCUGGCGAGUAACAACCACAACGCCGACGACGGCGACGGGGACGGUGACGACGAAGCAGCGGAGGCAGCAGACGAAACAAAUAUACAUAAAAAUCAAGUACCAGCAACAACAACAACUACAGCAACCGGAGCCACAUUGAGUGCGGCAACUCCUGCGGUAAUAACUCGUUUCAGCGACGGGCAAGUUGCAGUCGAAAAUGUUGAGAUUGUUGCCGCCGUUGCGCCUAGAGAGCAACAAUUGCAGCAGCAACCACUAGAGUCGCAACUAGCAAAGAAUUUGAGCAGCUGCUCAGUGUUGUCCUCGCAUAGGUUUAUAGACACAAAGCCCACAAAUAUGUCCGAGACCGAGCCAAGUGAGUCGGCGGCAUUUGGCUAUUUGCGCAGCGAAAGCUACGCCGCCAACAGCAGCAACAGCAACAGCAGCAGCAACAGUGAUGCCGAAGCUGAAGAUGAGCGCAGCCCACGCAAAUUGGUUGAGCGCAGCUAUGAUGUUGCUUUGGCCAUGCAGGCAGAGGUGGAGGAAGAGCAGCAGCUGGAGCCACAAGCGGCUGCAGUGCCCAUGCAAAUGGUGCACCACAGCACCACCGAGGGCAGUAGCAGCAGCAGUGAUUCCAGCAGCGACAGCAGCUCAAGCUCCGAGUCGUGUGACUCAGAUGACACCGGCACCGUGGCAGAUCGGCGGCCCAAGCGCAGGCGUUUUAACAAGGUGUUCGUGGUCAAUCGACAGGUGGGCCAUGCCGCACGUGCCAGACGCAGCUCAUCCACCGAGGGUGAUUCGUUGUCCUCCUCGGAUGCGAAUCUUGAAGAUUCGUCCGAUAACGAUACGGACACAGAGCGCACCGAUUGCGGCAUUGUGCUUAACUAUGUGAAGGCGUUGGUUGAGGAGGAGGCGGUUCCCCCAGAGGAGGAGCAGCUGCCAGUUGCUGCGGCAGCAGCAGCACGUGAUGCCAGCGACGACGAUGAUGAUGAUGAUGAAAGUGAACGCCGCAUUGCCAACUCAAGCGAUGAGCUUGCCAACUGCAUAGUUGUUGUGGGCGGCUGCACCGACGACGACGCCAAUGCCGGCGGCGUUGUCUUGCAUGGGAUGCGUGCACUGCCAGACGUCGAGGAGGAGCAGGAGCCGCAGCAACAACAGGAGCAAUCAGAGCGCAACAUUGAGCAGCCAUUCGAAUUAAGCGCCGUCCUGGCUGCCUGCGAUGAGCUGCAUAGCAUUUCCAACGAUGUGAAUCGUUUGCUGGCGCUGCACAAGCAGAACUCCCAGUUGGAGCUGAAAUUGCAGCGACUGCGACGCGGCGUGGCCGAAAUCAAUGAGGAUCAUCUGCACAGCACUGCUGCGGCUGCCGCCCACACAGCACAGAAGCCAAGCGAGUGCAGCAAUCAAAUGCUCAACGAAGGGUGUUCAGGUAAUGCACACAGCGGGCAGAAGCAGGGGGCGGCGCAAACGGCGGCAACCCUCGCGUUGACCAGUUGCCAUUCUCAGAAAAGCGUAAAUGUAAAUUCUAAUGACGAAAGCGAAGCAGCGAAACAAAGCGAGCCAAACAACGGCGAGGGUAAACAUGUAAACGAAGAAGCAGAGGCGCAAGCACAAGAAGCAGAGACAACAGAGGCAGAGGCAGCGACUCUUGGGUUUUCAUGCCAGCAGCAGGUAAAAGCAAACAGCGAUAAUAAAGUAGCAGCCAAGCAAACAACAACAGCAACGACUAUCGCUGAGCGAACAGCUGUGCAAACCCAGGCCACGGCAGCGGGAGACGCUGCGGGCGGCGGUAUACUCAGCGAAGCAUGCAAAAUAAACGACGAUUGGUUGGACUCGUUCAACUCUCACUCUCUCGCCAGAACGAGUAAAGCACCUGAAGCACAACAGCAGCGACAACAACAACAACAUCAGCAGCAGCCGCAGCAGGUAGCUGCGAGAGCGACAGCUGCUGAGCAUAAAGAGAGUGCGCUACCUGUUGCUCAUUUAGCCGAUUGCGCAGCCGAAGUGAAGUCGCAGUCGGCAUUGGAAACGGCGGCGACAGCGGCAGCGGAGUCAGUCGAAAAUGAAAUGUUAAACGUUGCGGUUGAAGAGCCAAACGCGCGCCUAACGUUGUACACUAACAACAACAACAGCAUUAACAAUAAUAAUAGCAGUAGUAACAACAACAACAUCGACGACGUUGGUCAUAAUGACGGCGAUUUCGCAGCAAAAAAGACAGAAAGCAACAACAAAGCUGCUCUUGUUGUUGGCCAACAUAGCAGCAGCAGCAGCAGCAGCAACAGUAACUGUGACGUAGUGAAUGUUAAUGUGAAUGUGAAUGUGAAUGAAGCAGCGUCGCGUGUGUUUGAAAGUUGUGAAAACGAAUACGACAAAAUAUUUGGCAGUCAUCAAGAACUGCAAAUCAACAAAGAGCCAAGUGUAACUGCAGCUGCAGCAACAGCAGCAGCAACAACAGACACAACUACAGCAACAACAACAAAUGCUGCACCUAAGAAUUCACUUUCAGCUAAAUAUCGCAGCUUAGUGAUGAUUACAAAAGACAAUGAAAGCCCAACAGCAGCAGCAACAACGAGUAGCGACAACGAUUAUGAAAUGGCAGCGAUUGGCAACAACAACAACAACAGCAGCAGCAGCAGCAACAGCAACAGCUUUGGCCAGAACUUUGGCAAUGAGUCACACGCUACGCUGCGCGCCUUAAGCAACGACAUCGAUUUUAGAGUGGAGCCGUUGACAGUGACGCCAACACCAAGUGAACGGGAAUUGUCGCGUGACUCUUACAGUGUGGAUUCCCUAAAUGAGCCGAAUGUGAGGCCGAAGCUCAGUCUGGACGAUGGCCUGGCCGACGACGACUCCUGGGUGGAAGAGCUGAGCCAACGUGGCGAUGGCGACGAGGAUGAUGAGAACUUGAGCAAUGCAACGACAACGCCUACAGCCACCGAUUCAGAGGAUGCCGAUGGGGAUGGAGAGCUGGGCGGCGGUCGCAUCAUGUACAUGGAUCGUGAGGAGGAGCUACGCGGCUAUAAUCGUUCGGCCAUUGACUUUACGCUGCACACCAUUGUCGAGGAGAGCUGUGAGGAGAGCGAAGUGGCCUCGAUGCGGGCCGAUAACGAACUGGAGCAGGAAGAAGAGGAGGAGGACUUGGCGGAACGUCGACGCAUGCGCACGCUGCAGCACCAUCAUCGCCUUAGCGCCUCAGAACUGGAGAAGUAUUUCUUCUUCGGCCUGGGCGACGGCAAGGUCAUGAGCUCCAUAGACACGCGCGGCGAUGACACCGCCUCGGAGGUCAGUUCCGAGUGCUCUGAGAGUUUGGACUCGCUGCCCAAUGAUGAUCAGUUGCUGGAUGGCGCCAAUAGCGCCGCAGAUUUGGCAUCAUCGCGUCUAGAAAAGUAUUUCCUUUCCGGGUUCAUGGGUUUCAGCGGCUCCGGCGAGAAGCAGGCGGAAAGCGACGAGAGCGGCGGCAGCGUUGGCAGCGAUAGCGAGGGACAUCCGAGUCCCAGUCAGCGGCGAAAGCGGCUAGUGCGCGCACGAGGCACACCGCGUAGUCACAACUCCUCGCUGGAUAAUCUGCUGCUGCCAGAGGCUGAUGCACUAGAUGCCACGCCAACUGCAGCUGGAGCUGCGGAGGACACAUCCGAAUCGGAGACCGGCUGCGAUGAUACCGUCGUGCACAUGGCAAACGCCGUUGAUCGCGCCUCCGACGGCAGCUCCUCAGAUACCAUAAAGCGCAAGAAGCAGCUGCGCAAGCGGCACGACUCCCUAGACGAAAAGAAGCUGCACGAGGCAGCAGAUGUGUGCGCAACUGGAGCUGGAGGCGGAAUCGGAGGCGACUCACAUGCAAACAGUCUAAACACAGCUCAGGCCAAGAAACAACAGCAUCACAGCCGCGACAGCGGCUUUGUGGGCAGCAACGACGACCUAUUGAAGUCUCCGGAUUGCGAACCAUGCAAAUCGCCCACGCCAGCUUUGGGCCAAAUCAGCGAGGACCGUGAGCCGCUGGCCACAGCAACUGCACUCAGUUUGCCCAAACCAGAGAUGCCCAGCACAAGUGCAGGUGCUGUCAGCAACGCAACACGCCGCAUAACAUUGCAGCCACCGGUAGUGGGUGGCAACAACAGUUCCAUAUUGGUGCGCAAGGAUAGCUUCAACAAUUGGAGCUCCGACGAGGAGACCAACCUGAUGAUGACCAAAAUGCGUCAGUUCUUCAAGACGCUCAUCGUGGCCACAGCUAAUGCACACCAGAAUCAGAGUCAGACCCAGAGCCAGAUACAGAGUCAGUCGCAGAGCCCAAGUGCCGGCAGCACGCCCAGCUCAGUGCGCCGGCUGGCCUGCAAGUCGGCCAAGUCUCGGCCAGCACAGCUAGCCUACUUUGAGAACGAGCUGACUCGCCUGAUGAAGACUGUGCCGGGCAUCAAUGAUGAUCAGGUGCGGGAGAUAGUCGAGUAUCUAAGCAGCGAAGAUACCUGGUCGGAUUCGUAUGACUCCUCCGACUAUACCAGCUCUGACUUGGAGGGUUCCGAGCACAAGGGACAGCUGAAGGCACAAAUCUCCGCCAGCUGUCAGCAGAUAAUCAACAAGUUCGAGGUGGAUGAGGAGGGCGUGCGAGGCGAUGGUGGUUUGCUGGAUGAGGCGCAUGCGUUGAAUGGCGAUACGGCAUUCGUGUACCAAAAGCUGGUGGCCUCCUUCAGCAAGGUAGCAGUGGGCGAAGCCAGCGAAGCACCGCCAAAUGCCAAUGCCAAGCCAGUGGAGCCAGAUGAGGAUCGCUUGUCCACAACCAGCACGGAGCAACGCUCGCCGCAGCUGUUUGCCAAGGUCAUGCAACACAUAGGAACCCGCCUGGUGGCCCUGAUGCACGAGGUGAGCAGUGGCAAUGAGACGCCCAUGUCCGCGCGACACAGUCGCCGUGUGCAAGCCAAAAUCUCGGCCACCACAACGGAGGACGAAGAGGACGAGGUGGAGCAGCAGUUGCAGCUGAAAGCGGUGCCGCUAAAGCAGCUUAAGCUGCGCAGCCGUUCGCAUGAUUUGCUGCUGGAUGGCGCCGCCAACUCCGGACAGCAUACACAGCUCCAUGGACACACGCCCGCCAAUGCGACGGGCCAUCAGCAGUCGGGAGUCGCGAGCACAGGAACAGGCGACAACGCCGGGGAGGAAUGCGGCGUGGCCAGCGAUUAUGAGCGCUUCUCGUGGCGCGGAAGUUUUGAGUCGGCAUUACUGGCUAAUGGCGACUCCAGAACGAGGCUCAGCCAGCUGAGCCAGUUAGACAGGGACAACUCGUCGUCUGCGUCCGCUUUGGCUGUGGCAAAGCGCCGAUCUGCAGGCGACCUGCUGUUCAGCCAGCACCAGCAGAGCCUUAGCCGCGAGCAGCUGGACCGUGUGCGCUCCUGCGGCAGCAUUGGCGGCGGCGAUGCCCAUCAUCAUCAGCUAGAGGCAUCGCCCGCCAAGCCUUGGCUAUCAUCGGCCAGCUCUUGCGCCGAUUCCGCCAAGGAUGUGCGCCGGUCCAGUGUGCCCGAUGCCAUCUACGAGACGGACUCUAGCGACGAGGACCAAUCCGCACAGUUCAGUGCCAAUCGCUCCACCUUGCCACGCAGCCUAGCAGGCAGCGUGCCAGUGGCCAGCACCAAUUCGCUGCCACGCCUGCCCACCAGCUCGGUGGCAUCGGUGGGAGCCGCUUUUACCAGCACGCCCAUCACCAAAUCGCAGAACGCGCUCAACUAUACGCCCUCGUCCACGGGUAGCGCCAAGAGCGCACGUUACCGCUCGCCGGGCCUGGCAGCACGUGCAGCGGCCGCCAACAGCAGCGGUGCAGGAGUUGGCUCCGCCAGCUCCUCCAACAGCUGCGGCAAAAAGCUCGGCGGCGGUCUACAGCAGUUCCUCUACUCCAAACGUGAUGCGCGCAAACGCCUGAACAUGUCAGCGGAGGAAGCCAAAGCAGCUGCCGAUGAGCUCAGCCAAUCGCCGGUUAUUGGACAACGCAAUCCGGAUGCCGCCGCCUCCAGCCCGAUACAGUCGCGUGCCUCGAGCGAAACAUGGCCGCCACAGUCGGAUGAGGACAUCGAUCGCCUGGUUGCCAUGCACCAGAAUCGCAGCAGCCUCAGUUCCCUGGGCGUACGCUCGGAGUCCAUGGCCAGCGUUUAUUCGGGCGCCGGCGAGGGUCGCUAUGGCACUGUAGUGGUCAAGGGCCAGGUGGAGUUCGGCAUGCAGUACAACUAUAAGCUGGGCGCCUUGGAGAUUCACGUGGUGCGUUGCAAGGAUUUGGCUGCUGUCGAUGCCAAACGCAAUCGCAGCGAUCCCUAUGUCAAGGUUUAUCUGUUGCCCGACAAGUCGAAGGCUGGCAAGCGCAAGACUAAAGUCAAGAAGCACACUCUGAAUCCCAUCUUUGAUGAGACGCUGCGCUUCCACACGUCCAUUUCCAGCUUGGAGUCGAAAACUCUUUGGCUGACCGUAUGGCACUCGGAUAUGUUUGGACGCAACGAUUUCCUGGGCGAGGUCAGCGUCAAUCUGCAAGGACGUCUCUUUGACAAUCCCCAGUCGCAGUGGUAUUUGCUGCAGGAACGCAGCGAACCAUUUGAUGAUGUUGCCACCUACCGCGGCGAUAUUGUUGUGGGCCUGAAAUACAUUCCGCCAGAGAGUCUAAAAUCUUCGAUAUUCUCGCGUGGCUCCAGCCUCACAGGCAGCUCCUCGAACCUGCGCAAGUUUGGAGGCAGCAUCAAAUCUGUGACUUCCAAGUCGGAUCGCAGCGCCAAGGGCGGACAGCUGCAUGUGCUGGUCAAGGAGGCCAAGCACUUAAGUCCCAUCAAGACCAAUGGCACCUGUGAUGCCUUUUGCAAGAGCUACUUGCUACCUGAUCGCACGCGCAGCUCCAAGCAGAAGACGCCGGUGGUGAAGCGAACUCUACAUCCCAGCUGGAAUUAUACGUUUGUCUACGAGGAUGUCUCCCAAAAAGACUUGUCGGAGCGUGCUCUAGAGCUGACCGUUUGGGAUCACGAUCGCUUGGCCAGCAACGAGUUUGUGGGCGGCAUACGCUUCUCCCUGGGCACAGGCCGCAGCUAUGGACGUCAGGUGGACUGGAUGGAUGCUACCGGCAAGGAGCUCUCUCUGUGGCAGAACAUGCUAGAUCGCCCCAACUUCUGGGUUGAAGGCAGCCUAGUGCUACGCUCCACGUUGGAUGGCAUACGUUCGACUUUGCCAUAGGCACAGUUCCCGUCACAAUUUGCACAGUAGUAAUUUAUUGCCUAGCCACACCCACACACACACACACAGGCAAACUCAAACACAUAUAUACAUACACUAUAAUGUGGCAGUUACAAGUUUUCUCCAUGGCAUACGAAUACGUAAUUUGUAUUUGUAUUUGUAUUUGAAUUGUAUUUGUAU